CGCGCGGAGCCACCUGGACAAUUGUCUCUAUAAUCGACGUUUUGUUUCGUUGUGCUUUUUGUAUAUCAUUAAGGUGUUUUUUGAAGCAUUACGCAUUUUGUUUUUGUCAGCAAAUUCACCAUCAAGCCUCGGAGCCAGCUGAGAUGUGCGGGGCAAACGACCUGCCAAAUAAAGGUGGUGGAAGUGUCAACCAGCUCGGAGGGAUGUUUCUCAACGGCAGACCUCUUCCGGAGUCCAAAAGGAGGAAAAUGAUCGAGCUGGCCUCGGAGGGAGUCCGGCCGAGCCAGAUCUCCAGGAUACUGCGGGUGUCCAACGGGUGCGUCAGUAAGAUCCUGAGUCGAUACCAACGCACUGGACUCCUGCAGCCGAAAACCAUCGGAGGAAGCCGGCCACGCCUCCUAACCCCCGGGGUCAUCACCACAAUCAUCCAGUGCAAAAGGGAAAAUCCAACCAUUUUUGCCUGGGAGAUUCGAAAACUACUUUCAUCAGCACGAAUAUGCAAAGCCUCCAAAGUUCCCAGCGUGUCGUCUAUAAAUCGGAUUCUAAGGAAGAUUCACUUGGACCAUGGACCGAUGUGCAUGGAGACCAAUGCCCACAUCCGGACAGAGCAGGAUUUAGAUUCCCUGAUUCAAGAAGAAGUGAACGAGAGAACGAUGUUUGAGGCAGUAUGCAGCAAUGACCAGAAGCCUAAAGGUGUUCAGCAGCGAAACCGAACCACCUUCACCCCGGAGCAGAGCACGGCACUCGAGCAAGAGUUCUCUCACAGCCAGUAUGCAGAUAUGUACAUGAGAGAGAAACUGUCAGCCCAAGUCAAACUUCCUGAGGACACCAUCAAGGUCUGGUUUUCGAACAGACGGGCUAAAUGGAGAAGGGAGGCCAAACACAGAUGUGCCGCACAGAGUAAGAGUUAA